CCAUUCUUACGUCCUACUUUCAACGGUCGCUCUCGAUAUAUAUACUUGGAUCCGUCGCUCGCUUUAGCCAGCUCCUCACUCGCAUUUUAACUAGAAGUAAAGUUCAAAGUGGAUAAGUACCGGCGAGAUUGUAGGGGGACACUCUUCGCGAUUGUUGUUUUUUUGUACUAUAACGUCAUCGGCGAUCGGCGUUCUUCGUUCUUGGGAGUUGGCUGCGGCACCGCGAGUGCGCGUGUGAUUUAUUCCAACGGUGCACGAGCUCGCGAGACCGCCAGCGAAAGUCUCCCGCGGUUUGUGUCUUUCGCAGUCGCUCACCGACGACACGCCAAAAUGGACGAGGAAAAGAUGUGGAAGGAUUUUUACUACAAAAUCGUGGAGCAACACGAGAGCAGGCAGCAGAACGACGAAGAGCAGCGUGGCCACGAGGCCAGCCUCUUCAGUGUCUGGACUAACAAUAAUCCGAAUAAAAAACCUAAGUCUUUCUGGAUUCAGGAGGAGGAUGGUGGUUUCUUCGAGAAGCUGGGCACUCGUCUGGCGGAGAAGGCGCAAGCCCAGCAGCUCGAGGAAACUUUGCCGGAGGGGGAUGGGGACGGAGCGGAGGAGUGCGGCCCCUUAGCCCCGGAGAACUUCUGCGCGGCCGAGAAGAGGGAAGCGCUUUACGCGGCAAAGGAGAGCAAUUUGCAGCGCCAGACAAGCUUUGCCGUCGAGCCGACGGCUAGCAGCGCCGCUACUACCACCGACAGCGAGUCAGAGGAGCAUGAGACCGCCUACGACAUCGUCGCUCAGUCCAUGGGACUCAACAUCGAAGAACUCUACACUGCCCUUUUGUACAUAACUCAGCACCAGGUUGGAUUCGACGUAGCCGACGAAAUAGAUCAGAAUGCCAUUUUUGAUUAUUUACAAAAAGCAUUUAAUAUUGACGAUGAGACUCAUGAGAGAGUUUUGCAGGAGACGCGUCAGAUGGAGACGCCCGAGAUGCACUUAAAUAUAGCGGUUGCCGAGGCGAAAGAGCUGGUUUCCAAGGAUUGCAAUGGGAAAAGCGACCCAUUUUGCGUACUAUAUCUGGAAUCGUUGCCGACACGCAGAUACACCACGGCCGUCAAGACCGAGACCUUGACACCUGUCUGGCAAGAGCAUUUCGAAAUGCCUCUUGACAAUCCCGAAGACGACUUGUUAAACGUGGAAGUGUGGGAUUUCGAUGCGGCGGAAACGGUACCCGAGAAAAUGAACAAAGUCAAGAGCAUCAAAGGUGUGCGUGGUUUCGUCAAAUUAGCCAAAGAAAUCGCGAUUACCGCCACAAGUGGUAAUCACAACAAUGAGUUCAUCGGCAGCGUUCAAAUACCCCUUAAGGACAUUCCAGUGACAGGCCACGUAGCAUGGUACACCCUCGAGAAGAAGAACAAAUCCAAGCGUCGCGGACUGAUCAGACUAAAAUUAGCCUUCAACUCCGAGCACAACACGCAAGUAGCCUUCCAAGAGCAUCGCCAUCUACUCCGAAUGCUCCUGCUCAACGAGCUGGAGAGCCAGAAAGUCGACAAGUACUCGUGGAACGGCAAAUUCCCAGCAGCCGGCGAGGUUAUAGUGCUUCAACACGGAGUACAGCGCGGUUUGCACAAUCAUCGGGUCGGCCUGGCACGCUGGAUCGAGUUCGCCACAAUUCAUCAGGAACAUCCGCUGAAUUUCGCGCUGUUCCUGCAGUUGGCGGACGACCUUGCGGGCCCAACGAAGUCAGCUGAUUUCGGAGACCAAGAGAUCAGGCUGUUCUGGGAUGCGGCGAGGAAAGUCUUGCACUCGGGACUGAAUUUGCUGAGAAAGAUUCGGAGGCUAGCCAUCGACAAGGAGAAUGCUAUGAGACAGCUUGUCGCUAUUCUUAGAAUGAUUUCGACGCUGGACGGCAUGCCGGCGCCGGAGAGUAUGAAUUUAUUCCCGCUGAAAAUGUAUUCAUGGUUUCCACCGGAAAUUUUGGAAGAGGACCGAGUGAGCAUCCCCGAGGCCCUGGAGUACGCAGUGAUUCGCGGCGGCGCCGAGUGGUUCGACUAUAUCGUAGCGAACAACAAUCUCGAGGACGAUAGCGACGAGGAAGCGCUGAAAUAUCACAUCAAGGUCAUCCAAAUGAUUCGGCUGGACCUACAACGCGCCAUGGACAUCUACGAGAAAUUAUUCAUCAAGACGUUAAACUUCCAGUACUCGAAGAGCCUGUACAUAAUGUACGAGAAGCGAGUCAGCGACCUGUGCCACGUGAUAGUGGAGGACAUCUGCGGAAGAUUGAAGAGGAUCGAGGUCGAGACUUCCGAGGACCCAGAGCUCAGUCUUGGCACAACGCUGUUCGAGCUCUAUCUCGCUAUUCAACGUUUCGCCGCUGUCGGACAGAACCUGUGCACUCCCGACGAGGUGGAUGGAAUGAAGAUACAACAGUAUUACAAUUGGUUCGCCGUCGGCGUAUCUCACUGGCUUGAGAUUGCAGUUUACAAGGCGUUGAAGCGAAUUGACAGGGCCGUCGAGUUUGAUAAUUUGCAGCCUGUCGAUGCCAGUGUACAAUAUAGCUCCAGUGCCGUCGACACUCUGACUAUCUUUUACCAAAUCAAGGUCUUCUGGACGCAGCUCGCUUGGCCCGACGUGGAAGGGGCUUACGCUUUUAUAGCCAAGAUCGUCGAUGAUAUCUGCAAAUGCCUAAACGCCUAUGUGGACAAGAUGUCACAAAGGGCAGAAGAAAUCCAAGCAAAGCAAGAGACCGAAAUAAAAGACACAAUAUGUGGCACAGUCAAGCAGUUCGACGUAUCAACGGCAUGGUGUUACGCGAUUAACAACAUCGACUACGUGCGCACAUCGAUCGAGCCUCUCGCCAGAGAUCUCGGCCUCGAUGCCGUGAUCGAAGCCUUGGCCGAGAGCAAAAGCCAACAGGACGCUGAUCGUUGCAAGCAAACACUCCAACUUAUCAUCGACAAUGAGAAAGAUACAGUGAAAAACAAAAUUAUCGUCAUGCUUGAGACUGUCGCUAAAUUAAUGGCACCUGCUAUGGCUAGAUAUUUGAUGGAAGGCGCCGAAUUAUCGGAAAUAUCGAGUAACUCGCUCGACCGUCUGAUGGAGUAUCUGGACUCGAAUCUCAUAACGUUACACAAUAAUCUGAACGACGACAACUUCCAGCGCAUCCUGAUGGUCAUUUGGGAGAUAAUGGCCGAGAUCUUGUCUCAAUUAGUGCAAGACAACUUGGAGCGCAAACGAGCCCCGACAUUCUACGCGAAUCUGCACAAGACGCUGCACACCCUCAUCCAAUUUUUCAAUCUCGGCGCGGACGAGCUGGCGAACGUAAAAGUUCUGGAGAAAAUUGAGAAAGUGUUGAAACUCUAUGGCCUGGAGACGCCUCAACUCAUACACAGCUACUACAUGGAUCGGCUCAAGGAACAAAAUGCCAUGGAUCAGGAGCCAUUUGGAUCGUUGACCGUCAAGGCUUACUUUUACGCCGAUUUGCUCAAUGUGCUGGUUAUGAACGGACGAAAUCUCAAAGCAGCCGACAGCAACGGUAAAAAAAAAAGAAAGUGCGACUCGUACGUGAAGGUCCGGCUGUUUCCCGAAGAUGUGUUUGUCGGCACCAAGGUCUUCAAGACUAACGUGCAGAAGGAGACUACGUUUCCCCUUUACGAGGAAAGUUUUAGCAUUCCAUUGACUCCGGAGCAGAGGAAACUCGAGAACGCAAUCAUGAUGUUCGAGGUGAAGGACAAGGACUUUCUCAGGACGAGAUUCAUGGCCGAGUGCUUUUUGCCGUUCAGCGAAAUCGGGGUGCGCGAUUCGCACGACGGAUUUAAGGAUCUCGAGCAGAUUCACCUGAAACUUUCACGACCCACAUCCAGCAGCUCCGAGGUGAUAAACGUACUGUCCCGAAGGAAAGGAGAUAACAUGGCUUCCAACUUUGUGACCAGAGUUCAGUCUAAACUCAAUUCUUGCUGCUGAACAAUGAUUUUUUCCUUUUAAUACUCAGAUGACUAUGUGUCGUCUAAUUUUAAUUUUAUACGUUUCGUUGAUGCUUUCCUUUUUUACUUAACUAUUAGGAUUUUUUAUAGGAUUGGCAAUACAUUUAAAAAUCAGUGACUUUUGCAAAAUUAUAACACACUCCUGUGAUAUAUUAAGAAAUGUGGCAGCAAGCGAUCAUCUUUGAAUAUUCUCGUCUGUUUAUUAU